UUUGAAUACAACAUAACGACAUAACUUAUUCGAGUUGUUUUAAAUGAACAUAGUGGGUGUCUAGUUUUGUCUAAAAAUCGAUUGAGUUUUUGACUUGUAAACAACACUUGACAGCUCUUCAAAAUGCUGAUAAAAACAAUUCAGUCCAAGUGGAAGUUGUUCAGAAGACCAAUAAAUAUCAUAAGACAAAGUUGUUCGAAUGCAGAUAAUAAAUUAGUAAAAGAUGAGAACAACAAUGACAACUUUAAAAAUUGGAAAGAAAAAUUGCACUCAAACAUGUUGGUCUAUGAAAAUUUCAUCACAGAGGACGAAGAGAAAAGUCUUCUCGAUGAAGUUGACCCUUACAUGCAACGUUUGAGAUAUGAAUAUGAUCACUGGGAUAAUGCCAUUCAUGGUUACAGAGAAACUGAAUUUCCUCGAUGGAAUCCUGAAAAUACAAAAGUCAUUAAUAGAAUUAGGGAAAAAGCCUUUCCACCUGAGAUGCAACAACUUGGUUUAGUUCAUGUUUUGGAUCUUGCUGAAGAUGGCUGGAUUAAACCUCAUGUUGAUAGUCAUCGGUUUUGUGGAGAAAUCAUUGCAACUAUUAGCUUAUUAAGCGAUGCAAUAAUGAGGCUCACUUAUGUUGGACAUGAAAAACAAUAUUGGGAUGACAUUUUUGUGCCAAGGAGAUCACUAUACAUAAUGAAAGGUGUUGCUAGACACAAAUACAAUCAUGAAGUAUUAAGCAAAGAAGACUCUAUUUUCAAUGGAAAAGUUGUAGAUAAAAAAAGACGGAUUUCCAUUAUUUGUAGAAGUGAACCAGAAUAGUUGCGUAACAGUUGUA